GGGAGUUGUGCUGUUGGAGGAAGCUUGACUGUGGGGGGGGGGGGCGUCUCGCCAGUCAGCUCACACGUCAGCUGUUCGACUCCCGUGCGCGAAAAAUAUUUUGAAGCGGAGGAUAGUCGGAAAUGCGCGCAAGAGGGGGAGGGGAAGGGGUGUGGGAGGAUGGGGACGCCUAACAAAGCGGUGGCGGAUUCAAUUGGGCGAAGAGAAUGAACGAGCGAGCGGGUGAGCGCACUAGUGAUUGACUGGAAGGGUGAGUGCGUUGGGUGGGAGGGCUGAUGAUAUGGGUUUGUUGUGUGCGCGGGGCUUUUCCUCGCUGGCUGUCUGUUGUGAAUACCCGACAACGUGUCGUGUUUUUGUUGCCGUGAAAAAUAAGGGUCUGUGGUGGUGCUGAUCCGUAAGGGAAACCCGGCGCGAGACUCUUGAACUCAGCAGCGACAAAAUCCAGUCGAAUCUGGUUGCAUCAAUAUGUCAAUCAGUGGGGCAAGAUAAGCCAUCAACCCAAAAAGUGCGCGGGAAUCUAAAGUGAGAGAGUGCGCGGGAACUACGAAUUUGGCGGGAAGCAUUUGACCAGAGCUCGGGUGCACGUGCCAUGAGAGGUAGGCGAGGGCUUCAUCGUAGGGUUGUCAUUCGUACGCGAAGAUAAGAGAGGAGGUGUUGGGCGGCGGCCUUCUUUCUCAUGGAGCAAGCCAGAAGCGAAGCUCGGAGGCUUGCCAGCGGUUUUCGCAUUAAGGAACUGAAGGAGGCACUAGCCCGACUUGGAAUGCCAAAACAGGGCAACAAGCAGAUAUUAAGGGAUCGUUUGCUAGAAGUUUUCGAGUCAGGAUAUGGUCCGGAAAACAAUCGGAUGAAGGAGGAAGCGCUUGCUAUCAUUGAAGAUGUGCACAAGAGAAUGUCCAGUGUGCAAGGAGAGGCCAUGCCAUCUCUACCUGGAAGUAUACCUCACAUAAUUCCAUGUCUAGGGGCAAACAUAAAGGAUGAUGGGACACCACAACAGGUUGUCAGAUGUCCUUGUGGGAGCAACAUUGAGAGUGGGAAGAUGGUUCUGUGUGAUGGAGACGACUGUCUCACAAUGCAGCACCGAGCCUGUGUAGGCCUCCCUGAGAACACCGAGAAUGGGGAAGACCCAGAACCACCUUUUCACUGUGAGCAAUGCAGGGUUCGACGAGCAGAUCCGUUUAGUGUCUUGAACAAGCAUAUCUUGACUAGUAAACUCCGGCCAGCAGUAGGCAAGUCUGAAAGUAAUAUGCAAAGUGCGGAGCGGAAUUUUAUUAUGUCAAAGCAGCAGAAGGAACUUUUGGCCCGACCUGCGCAUGAGUUACAGGUGUGGUCGAUUCUGCUUAAUGAUGCGGUGCCAUUCCGGUUGCACUGGCCUGCAUAUACCGACCUGCAAAUCAAUGGUACUCAAGUCCGCGUCACAAACAGGCCAGGGCAGCAGAAACUGGGUCAGAAUGGUCGAGACGACUUUGCCCGUGUGACAGACUUGGUCAAAGAAGGUAUGAACCAGUUUUCGAUUUCAGCUUAUGAUGACCGACCCUUCUGUGUGGGGAUACGAAUAGUGAAGAGGCGAACAGUGGAUCAGGUGCUAGCCCUUGUGCCGUCCAUUGAUCAUGGAGAAAAGUUUGACGAUGCUCUUGCAAGGGUGAAGAGGUGCAUCUCAGGUGGUGGAGGUGGCGGCGGGAAUGCCAAUGACGAUGAUGAUGACGACAGUGAUCUGGAGAUGGUUGCAGAAACUGUGACUGUGUCACUUCGAUGCCCUCUGAGUGGUUCACGCAUUAAGACGCCCGCGCGAUUUCAUGCUUGUCCUCACAUGGGAUGCUUUGAUCUUCAGACGUACGUGGAGCUUAAUCAAAGGGCGCGGAAGUGGCAAUGCCCAAUCUGCAUGAGGAAUGCGUCCAUUGAGAGUCUCAUAAUUGAUCCAUUUUUCUCUAAAGUCAUUAAUGCGAUGAGGGAGUAUGACGUGGAUGAGGUUACGGAGGUGGAAAUGAACAUGGAUGCCACAUGGCGACCAAGACUGGAAGGGGAUGAAAGACGGAGGGUGCCAUGGAGAAAUCCCUAUGGUGUGUUGAUUCAAACAUCUCAGCGCCCUCCUCUGCCACCAGAAGUCGAAGUGAAGCAGGAGGUACAUCUAGACGAAUUUCCAGAGAGCACGAAACGGAGUAGGGAGGAUGAUGACACAUUUGCUGUCCAGAAUGGGUGGAACAGGCCAGACAGGCCCGAAAAGCGCCAUAAGGGUAUGAAUGGAGGACCUCUGAUCUCCAUUGGGAGGGAGAGUAGCAGCGAAAAUGUGUCUCUUGGUGGUAGCAAUAGCCAUCAACUCGGAACAGGGAACACGGUCGGGGGACUGUCUGUGGGUGAAGUAACAAGUAAAGCGGAUCAUAGGGCAGUGGUAUCUGUACCGCCGACUGUCAUUGAAGUUCCAAGUGACAGCGACGAUGAUGAUCAGGAUACGGUCAGCAUGGGUCGGCAAGGCAAUGCCCACACACGGAAUGCUGAUGGCUUGUAUGAGCCAGAGCUGACGAUGGCAUCAAGGCCACCACCGCAGGCCCAUCGAGAUCAUCCAGUGGGCAGUGGGUCCUUGCAGGAGGCUCGGGGCUCCAGUGGACAUGGAAGUGAUUGUGUACCCACGCACGCUCCACCCCCAAACUUUGUGCCUGCGCUCUGGCCAGGGAGGCCUGCACCAGUGAAACCAUUUGUUGCCACACACUCACUGCAUCCAGUCCUUGACAGCUCGCAGAAUCGGAGUGGAAGUGGAAUGCUGGCUAUAGGCCUCAGUAGUGGGAUGCUUGCAGUGUCUGCAAGACAACCGCAAUCAAGAGAGAGCAGUGGCGGAGGGGUUGUGGAGAGGGCGCAAAGGCUGGACGGCCAUGGUGCUAGCGGGGGUGGUUCGCACAGCAGGGAGGGAGGUGGGGGUACAUCACACAGUGGAUCAUCAUCGUCAGGCAACUUGUUUAUUGGUCUAGGUCCACGGCACUCACCCCCACAUCGUCAUCCUCGUCACAAUCCCCAACAUCUGUCAGCUGUGCGGAGCACGCCGAGUAUGGGAACAAGCAGUAAUGGCGGUGGUGGCAGCUUCAGCGCCAGGGGUGAUGACUGGCUCAGCCUGAGGGGAGGUGAAGGCAUUGAAUUGACAGGAACUUGUGGGAUUGGGGGAGUUCAUGUGCGGACAAACAGCGGGCUCCAGAAUGGUGUGGUGGCAGGCAGCAGAAGCGGUGCUGGCACCGGUGCGGGCCAUGGUGGUGGCAAUGGCUGUGAUUGGAGAACGGGAGAUGCAGAGUCAUGCCAUGGCGUCUUCCAGUAAUCGCGACCUAUGGAGUGAGUAUGUACGUAGGUUCAGCAUGAGCCCCCAUGCGACAGAACUAUAUUGCAUUGUGGAGUGGUGGUGGAUGAAUGACAGCAUAGAUCCGGACAGACAGAUCGCAGCAGAACAGUGCGGCGAGAGCAGCAGCAGACUCAUUUGGAAGUGGAUUCACGAAAUUCUGCAUUUUUGAUUCAUGUGGGCCUGUCUUUGCCUUCUGGCGUCUGUUUCCGCAGCAAGCGCCCUCCUGUUGAUGAAUUCCGGAUUGAGGUCGUCUGGAGGAGGGGGGUGCACCAGAGGGAAUUCUGGGUCAGGCGGAGUAGUGGCUUCCCGACACACACAAAGACGUCCGUACAUUCAUCCAUUGGAUUCGGAUACUGAAUAGUGAAAUCCGUUGGAUUCGUUCUGUUACAUUCGUUCAUCCCCCGGAAUCUGAACAGUUUCAAUUGGUUUGAUCUCUGCCCUGUGUGCUCAUGAACAAACUGGGUAUGUGGCAGACUGCGAAGCAGGGCAAGCAGUCGCCUGCGAGUUGUGUCGGAAGCAAGCAACAAUUAAAGCGCUUCGGAGCUCUUUAUGAUUGCCGGUACUUUACGUUCCCUCUCUUAAGAAAGCUCUUUAGCCAAGCGUUUCCAACCGUUUGCUGACAUCUUGUAGAAACGAGAUACGCUGUGCUGUCUUGUGCGUUCUGCAUGCCAUGUCAGUGAGUGCAACUCCUUGCAGGUGACACUCAUGGUGGACAGAUACAGAUGCUGCCUCAGCUGGCUGUGAAAGUGCAAUUCCUCUGGGUGGGAGGAAAGUGCAUUGAUAGAAUUUAUGAACGGCGGGGAGGAGGCCAGGACAUGAUGUGACGCUCGCCAACAAGCCUAUUGGGGUGUUUGUGGGCGAUUGUUGGUGGUAUCUGCAGCCAGCUGAAACCCUCAGUGCAUUGCAGGAUCAUGUCCGUUGUGGGAUCUCUGGUCGAGGGGCGACAGUGGUGCUGCGCUCAGCUGGCUGUGCAGUGCAACUGCUGUUAUUGGAUGGGAUAAAAGAGCAUUGUUUGAAUUAUGAGUAGGAUGGAGGAGGUUACUGUUUUCCCUGAGAGGUUGAGCGAAACGAUUCUUUUCCCCGAGAGGUUGAGGGAAACAAUUCUUUUCCCAGAGAGGUCGAGUCCCUUGGAUUGGAGGAAAAGAGAGCAUUGUUUGAAAGCAAUGGAGGAGCUGCAACCAAGCAUUUUGGCAGAAAUGUUGUCUGUCAGUCAGUCUAGGUAUUGGCCCCAGCAGGAGCUGUACUUCGCAUUUUCUUGUUUCCGACUUUCAGUAAUAGUUUUGCACGCGCGCUGAAGUGUGUAAACGUGUAAAGGGUAUUUCUUUUCUAUUAUGAAUCGAAUCGAAUCGAAUCAGGAGCCGCAACGGUGCCGGCAUCAAGUGGCCGCCAUUUUGCUUCAGGCCUUAGUUCUUGCAACAGAGACCAGGGUUAUUUUUGCUCGCAUUUGUUGCACAUGGAGGCAAUGAAUCCAUUCUUUUUCCUGAGUGGCCGAGUCCCUCGGGGCUGCAGAGACCCCUUUGCAGGUGAGCCAAUCGUGUUCUUUGGAACAAGAGAAGGUCAUGAAGUAUGCGGUGGACGAGGAUGAUUUUUCAGCCUAUGAGGAAGUGUGUCGCAUGCCCGCAGUUACGGUGAGCAGAUGAGCAGUAUAUGGCUACCAUGGAGGCGAAGUCUGUGGUACCAGAGUGAUUACGAUAGCAGCACUGACCAGAACAGUCAUGACAGUGGUGACAAUGUAUGUGUGAGCAUCAGUGAUUGCUAGCGGGAAAGUGUCGGGACGUGGCUACGAUGAAGAGCUGCGUGUCGUAAGGGUGAUUAAGGGCAUGCUCACGCGUUGCGAUUUUUUUACCUAUUUCAGGACGGAAUUGCGGCGAGAUGCGUGCAGGUGCGGGCUGUAAAUGCGGUCAUCUACGUGUAAGGUAGUGCCAGUGUGAUACACCCUGACACUGCUAGACAGAGGAGGGAAGAGGGAUGGCCAUUCGAUAUGGAGGGAGGGAAAGAUGUUCUCCCGCUUUCUCAUUUUCCCCUCCAUUAAGAAAAACAGGAAUGGGCAAUUUUAAGCAGGACGUGUAGAGGAUUCUCUCUGAUCAGAGCUUGUGGGUUAGAUAGCGCUGCUCCGUUUAGAAUGCUGACAAGAACCUCUGCGCAGAUGCAUUGUGGAUCGGGGAGGAAGUGAUGCCAUUGCAUGUGAGGAGGGGAAAAGGGUGUUUGCCGGAGCGUUCACGGGCUUCUGGCGCUGGAAGUCCUCGGAACAAUGAGUCGACAGCUUGUGCAUAUUCUGAUGUUGUCAGAAUGACGAGUGAAAAAGAUGCCGCCAAGGCCCCUAGUGCAUCAUUCGCAUGUGGAUGGGACUCGUAGAUGGAGGACAAGGGGUGCCAACUUCAUGCAGGAAGAGAAGCGUGUUUGAAUAUGCUGCUGUUACUCUGGAGGUCAGUGCAGUUUGUGCACUCAAAAGCUGGAGAUGAAGAAGACCCUCUCUGGAAGGCAGCUUGUGCAUUCGAUGAUGGUGCUGACCUGAGAAUAGUGACAGGGAAACUCUCUCCUGGAUGAUGCAACUUCAGCACAAUCUACCUUGAGGUCAGUGUUUCGUGAACUC